UCAUUGUGACAUGACUCUACAUAUUCCACAUUGUCUGCCGGGUACAUACCCAGCUUAAAACUAUAAGCCAUGCAGAAUUGCCCUAGUGGUGGUCCGUCCUGUUUGAACGUGUGUAGUGUGAUAUACCGCAAGGCGUCAAGAAGCGACUGUCGAUGAGUGAUUCCAAGGCAGUCAGCGACCAGACAUACUGGUAGCACCUCGCCAUGGGGUGCUGUGGGGCUUAUGACACGGUGGUGCAACCUGCGAAAGGGGAGCCCCGACAGGUUGAGGAUCAUUUCACCGGUCCGACUAAAACCCGCUCAUGUCGAGAUGUGGUCUUCCUCAUCCUCUUCAUCGCCUUCAUAGGGGGGCUCGGUUACGUCAUCUACCGAGCAGUGGACCUUGGUCACCCCAACCGCCUCAUCUACGGCAUGGACAGCUGGGGUAACACAUGUCACACCAUGAACGACCCCGUCGAUGGAGCGCCCCUCUCUGGCCAGGAUACAACCGGUCUGACGCAGGUGUUCUACUACAACCCAAACUACAUUGAAGCCGUCUCUAAACAAGAUCUCACAGUGUCCACUGUCAUGAUCUGUGUGAGCCAGUGUCCGGCGGUAGUCAUCAACACUGUACAGGACUUGAAGGAUUUGGCUCAGUCAGGGCCUAAACUGUGUGCUUACAAUGUCGAAGUGACCGACUACCAGGCAGGACCUGCAAACGGAUCCGGAACUUGUCCACCGCUUCCGGUUAAACAGCAUUCGUCGAUAUUCAACCGCUGUAUUCCUUCGGAUCUUACCAACAUCCUAAAUCGUUUUGGAGACGUUUUAAAUAAAUUAAUGGAUCUCAUUGACGAAAACUUUGCCGAGAAGUGCGUCGAGGACCUCCAGAGGACGUGGCAGCAGAUUGCCUAUCUCUGCGGCUUUGCUCUCGCUGUCGCCAUCGUGAUGCUGAUCUUCCUCCGCUUCUUUGCCGGCCCAAUUGUCUGGAUGACCGUGAUUCUUAUUGCUGCUGGGUGUGUUGGCGGCGUCGCCUUCUGCUGGUACAGUUACACGAAGGAGAUGACAAAGGAAUGGUUGUGGGGAUCCAUAGGGGCGACCGUUGUUGCUGUCAUAAUUCUGUUGAUCUUACUGGUACUGAGAAAACGAAUCAAGCUGGUUGUCCAACUGUUUCGAGAAGCUGGAAAAGCCAUAGCCAAAGUCCCCUUCGCCCUGCUGAUGCCUUUUAUGACACUGAUCAUCGCCGGGGGUGUGACGGCGGGCAUGGUGUAUGCAUUCCUCUACAUUGUGACAGCAAAGCACCCCGUCGCCAACUCAGCAGGCGUUGUCAGCUACAAAGAAGACGAAACAUUAAAGUACCUGAUAGCCUACUACAUCCUGGGCUUUCUCUGGAUCACCCAGUUCAUCUUCGCUUGUCAGAGACUCGCCGUGUCUGGAGCUGUGGCAGUCUGGUAUUUCACCAGAGACAAGUCCAAUCUUGGAUGGCCAAUAGCACUCUCUAUCUCACGACUGGUCAGAUACCAUUUGGGCUCAGUGGCGAUUGGCUCGCUCAUCAUCGCCAUUGUGAAGUUCAUCCGACUUGGGUUGUCCUUUAUUGAAGGACGAUUGAAAGGAGCUGAGAACUUUGUGGCCAAGUUUUUCCUCAAGUGCCUUGGAUGCUGCUUAUGGUGUUUUGAGAAGUUUCUCAAGUUUCUGAACGACAAUGCGUAUAUACAAAUAGCAAUAAAUGGCUAUGGCUUCUGUAAGGCAGCCAAGCAAGCGUUCCUGCUGAUCGUCAAUAACGCUCUCCGCGUGGCAGCGAUAAACUGUGUGGGAGAUUUCCUCCUCUUUCUGGGGAAAGUGGGUACAGUCGCUGUCGUUGCCGUUGUAGGCAUCGAACUGUUUAGGGACAGAACGGACGUCCACUACACCUGGGUCCCCAUCACUGUCGCGUGCAUCUUCGCCUACUUCAUCUCCAGCUGUUUCCUGGCGGUGUAUGAGAUGACCAUUGACGCCAUAUUUGUGUGUUUUGUGGAAGACUGCGACAGGAACGACGGUGUUCAGCGGCCUUACUACAUGAGCAAGGGUCUGAUGGAUUUCGUGAAGAACAGCGGAGAAGCAAAGGCCAUGGCAAAGAAGAGAGAAGAGGUGUUUUGAGAGUCGGUUCUGCGGCCGAUGUACAUACUGUUUAUGUUAUUGCAGCUAUACCUACAAAUUGGCGAGCCAUCAAUCAAAUUUCACAAUCAAAGAGUAUUUUUAAAAGGAUGUUUAUGUCUACACAGUAUUAUACAGCGUUCACUCGCUGCCUUUCAUAACGAUAACAUAUAUGCUGUAUGUAUGAAUAUACAUGUACAUUGUACAUACACGGUCUCAUGCAUGUGGAAAUGUCAGAUUUGGAUUCAGUUCACACUUGAAGCGUCAGUAAACAGUGACUAACUCUGCCUACACAGAAAUGAUUAACCACAUGCCCAAUAACUAAAUUUAUAUACACAUGUAUAUUUAUACCAUUGCUGUUUCUGUAUUCGCAUCGUACAUUAACUUUCGUGGUGGGGGCAUAGAGGGACAUCCUGUCCAGAGAUUAUCAAAUUAAUGAAUGAGAUGACGAAGCUAUCACUGUACUAUGUGUGGUUGUUUUGACUUACUACUGCUUGUAAGUACUGACACUAACUGCUAUGACGUCACUGUGACAAAUGUUUGACUGACCUUUAUUGAUUUGUUACGGAUGUAUAACUGUAUGCUGUGUUUUCAGGUAUAUUGUUAAUCGAAUUAAUUGAUCAUCGGUAUUUGUUUUUGUUUGAGAUGUAUGUAUAUAUUGUUCAUUAAAAGGUCAACUCUUUAUUUAAAUCUGAAUUGAUUUAUAAAACGAAAGUGCACGCCCUACUUUUGGGAAUACAAUCUUUUAAUUUAACAUUCAUAUUUCUAUUUAAGAUUAAUCGUUCCACGCUUUAUGAAAUGGUCAUCCUAUUUUGAAAGAUAACGAGUGGUAAAGGCUGCCCAGAGAUAUUUUACAGCAGUAUUCUCUACGACUUUCUUAUGUUUUCCAUGUAACAUCAUCGUCAUGGACAACGAUAGUGAGAUGAAUAUCACAAAAUAGGCGCAUCCGUUACACUGUGAUUGUUUGUCACGGGAAGGUUCUGCAAUUCGUGCCACUAACUCACGAUUAUUUUAUUUUGUCUAAGGCGCUGCGAUUCGCUGUGCAAAGUUGCGUCCCUUGGGCACGCCAGAAACCUUUGAUUGUGGGCUCCAAUCCCGGUUUGCCCCAAUAAUGUUUCUAGGUUUGUCAGCACCAUACCCGUGCUCGUGGGUUUUCACGAAAGAGAGACCUGCAUCACUUGGAGCUUUCCCCCACAUAAAGCUGACACGCCGUGAUAUAACUGGAAUGCUGUUAAACCAAACUCACUCAAUGUUUGUCAAAAUAUCAAUAAACACUUAAGUAACUGCAUUUAUCUCAUUCCUAAAAAAGUUGUUUUUUAAUUUAUGCGAAUAAAAGUCUUUUGGUCAUUUGGUUGGACAGCAACAGCCACGAUUAUACUGUUGUGGGCAUUACGAUUUUUUUACAGUAUUGUUUCUUUCUCAAUAUAAAUAUGCCCGAUACGAAACUAACAUUUACUUGUGUUGGAUAUUAUGGUUUUAAAUAACUUGUUUUAUGAUGUCCAACUAUGUCACGGCAACAUGUACCUUGUCGAGUCAGUGGCCGAAAAUAACAAUGGUUGAUAAGA